GACUGGAACCAGUGUUUGCUCAUUGACGUCAGUGAGCGUGAUCCUUCAGACCGGCCGGACGGCAUUCCGCACAGACUGCUGGCUGAAGUCUGCAAGCCAGGUGAGAGCAUUGUGAUCUUGUCCGACGUGAUCAACAAACCGGACUAGUUGUGUCUGACUCCCGAACCUCUUGCUUUAAUGCUUUUCACUUGGCUCCACAUUUGGAACAAACAUCUACUCAGACACAAGGAUGAACUCAAAAGAAUUUAUUGUCACAAAAACAUUUUUGGCCAUCAUUGGGGGCUUCAAAAGCCUAUUACUGCAAUUUCACACAAACAUCUAAUCAGAUCAAAUUAUUACCUAAAGCAUUAGACAUGUCAACCAUCUUUGAGGAACACCAUUUGUGCCACGACAGCAGUCAGCUCUCCUCUGAGCAGUUUUGCAAUGCUGAACGCAUUUACAUCCGGGACGAGAACACGUUCAUUUUCAACAAAGUCCUGGUGGGGCAAACAGCCCAGGCCCCCUUCAAAAUAACCAACAACAGCAAGGUGCCCUGUGUGCUCAGCUUGGCAAUUAAGUACAUUGGCUCUAAGACUUCUCGAAUUGCGGAUGUUUUUAAUUUGUCUGCUGCAACGCUGAGCAUCCCCAGGCAGUCACACUUAUUCGCUGUGGUCACCUUCACACCCCAGACGAUGUUGUGCUACAACGCUGUGUUUGAGGCCACAAUGGAGGUAACCAGCAGGUACGAGUUGGUGACUGAGUAAGCACUGCUCUCUUUGACGUUGAUUGGUCCCAUUUAUUUCUACUACCAAGUGUAGUAACAGAACAGCAUCAGCACUUUAUUUUCCUUGCUGACCGCUGUGCAUCUCCUCUUCUCUCUGUCUC